CCCUGUAACAAGUCAAAGAUCACUGCGGGUCUGUCUUCACAGCUGGGAGAUGGCGGACAGUUACAGGUUCCCUGUUUUCUUUGAGUGUCCUAGCAGUCUGUCAAAGAAUGAGGAGAAAAAAGUGGAAUCAUAUUUCAGUGUUCGCCGCAGGUCAGGCGGAGGAGACUGUACUUUAACUCGAGUGGACGAUCACAGCUACAGGAUAAGCUUCAGACAUCAAACAGAUCAACAGCAAGUCCUGAAGAAGUCUGAGCACGUUGUUAAGCUUGCUGAAGGUCGUCUGGUGUUCAGUGUCAGCGAUGAUCUGCCAACUCCUGCUUCUUCUCCAAACACCACCCCCACAGCUCCAGCAGAGAUCCCACAGUUCAUUCCAGACUCGACGACUUCACCAAGUAAGGAAGAGCAUGAACUUGAUGAUCCUCUGCCUUCUGAGUUGAAGGAAUGUUUGGAUGCAGAUGGGCAACAGGAGGAAGAGCUGGAAAAGCAGGUGGCAAAGAGAAGGUCUUACUAG